GAAAACGUGCGGAAACAAACAAGGAAGGAGAAAGCUCGCGGCUUCCUCUGCCCCGAGCGAAUCCCACCCAUCCUCUUCCUCCCCCCCACGUCUUCCUCCGCUCCACCCCUUUCCUCCUCCCCAACUCCCGUCCCUCCCCCGAAUCCGAGCCGCUUGUUCCGUCCAAACGGUGGGGCGCGGCUCCGAUCCGCCCGAUCCGGGUCGCUCUCGAGGCUCCGGCGCGCGCGGCGGCGGCCGGUGGCGGCGAUGGAUUCAGAGGACGACACGCGUGACUCCGCCGACGAGGACUUCUACAGCGGCGGCGAGGCGGGCCUCGCCCUCAGCGACGACGGGGACGCGGACUACGACUUCGCCGACCGCGACUCCGAUGACUCGGAUGACCUAAUCUCCCACAGGCAGCAGCAAAACUACAGUGUACUGAGUGAAACUGACAUAAAGCAACAUCAAGCAGAUGACAUGAAUCGGGUUUCAACUGUUCUUUCAAUUUCGAAAUCAGAAGCUUGCGCCCUUCUUCGCAGUUAUAACUGGAGCGUUAGUAAGGUGCAUGACGAGUGGUUUGUUGAUGAAGCACGAGUUCGUACUGCCGUUGGUUUACCGGAGAAGCAAAAUGAAAUGCCAAAUGAAAGAGAACUUACGUGUGGGAUUUGCUUCGAAAGUUGUCCACGUGAGUCAAUGGGUGCUGCUUCAUGUGGGCAUCCUUUCUGUGGUGUAUGUUGGAGAGGCUAUAUUAGCACAGCUAUAAAUGAUGGUCCAGGAUGUUUGAUGUUGAGAUGUCCUGAUCCAUCCUGUUCUGCUGCUGUUGGACAAGAUAUGGUUAAUUUAUUCGCUAGUGACGAGGAUAAGGGGAAGUAUGAACGAUAUCUUUGCAGAUCUUACAUUGAAGAUAAUAGAAAAACAAAAUGGUGUCCUGCUCCUGGCUGCGAAUAUGCUGUGGAAUUUGUGGUUGGCAGUGGCAGCUAUGAUGUUUCUUGUGGCUGUUCUUACGGGUUCUGUUGGAACUGCACGGAGGAAGCUCAUCGCCCUGUAGACUGUUCCACAGUUUCCAAAUGGAUUCUCAAGAAUAGUGCGGAAUCCGAGAAUAUGAACUGGAUACUAGCUAAUUCGAAGCCUUGUCCCAAGUGCAAGCGGCCUAUUGAAAAAAACCAGGGCUGCAUGCACAUUACGUGCACACCGCCAUGUAAAUUUGAAUUCUGCUGGCUUUGUCUUGGUCCAUGGUCAGAUCACGGGGAGAGGACAGGUGGUUUUUAUGCUUGUAACCGUUAUGAGGCAGCAAGGCAAGAGGGAGCGUUUGAUGAUUCUGAAAGGAGAAGAGAAAUGGCAAAGAAUUCCCUCGAGAGAUAUACACAUUACUAUGAGCGAUGGGCAGCCAAUCAGUCAUCAAGGCAAAAGGCGCUUGGGGAUCUGCAGAGUCUGCAGAAUGAUAAGCUUGAAAAGCUAAGUGACAUACAGAGCCAACCUGAGUCACAGCUUAAGUUCAUAAUUGAAGCAUGGUUACAGAUUGUUGAAUGUAGGCGGGUAUUGAAGUGGACUUACGCAUAUGGUUAUUACCUUCCAGACCAUGAACAUGCCAAAAGGCAGUUCUUCGAAUACGUUCAAGGUGAAGCAGAAUCUGGUUUGGAACGCCUUCAUCAGUGUGCGGAGAAAGAACUUCAGAUCUAUCUCGAUGCAGACUGCCCAUCUAAAGAUUUUAAUGACUUCCGUACAAAGUUGGCUGGAUUGACCAGCGUAACUCGCAAUUAUUUCGAAAACCUGGUCCGUGCAUUGGAGUCUGGAUUGAAUGAUGUUGGAGCUCAUACCGGCCAAGGUGCAUGCAGCAAGGCCGUAAGCUCCAAGAACCUUGGCGGUAAGAGCAAGAGUGGCAAGAACAAGGCACCUGUUGGUGCCUCGAAGUCAGGCAGCUCAACCCGUGGUAUGGAUGAUGGGAACAUCUGGGCCUGUGAUCAGUGCACAUUUGCAAACCCUAGGUCUGCUAGGAGCUGCCAGGUUUGUGACCAUCAGCAGCACCGUUAAAUCUUGUCAAGCAUUGAACAUAUGGAUUCGAUUGGAUUGGAACACCCUGUCCCGUGAAUGCCUAGAGGCACAUGGCGCAUGAAGUUACUGGCCUCUAGGGCAGGAAAAAACGAGAGGGUGGAAAUAGAAGACUCUGCUGCAUUGGAAGCGCAGCAAAAGCUAAAGAGGUAGAAUUUUUUGUGUCCUGGUUGUCUGUUAACCGACGAUGCCCCAGCAGCCUCACUCAAAUAUCAUGGCUCGUUUGUAUAUAACUUAGCACCCAGCCCUCUUGUCUUGUUUGAGAGGGGUAUUGACGGGUGUUUGCCGAUGCAUGGACUGACCUCCUGUUGUAGUGUUGUACAACUGUUGUAAAAACUGUAAUAAUAAUAUAUUGACCCGUAUUGAGUACAUUUGUUUA